AUGACCUUCAGUAAAAUACUUAUUGCGAAUCGUGGUGAAAUAGCAUGUCGAGUUAUUCGUACUGCACAACGUCUUGGUCUUCAAUCAGUUGCUGUUUUUUCUGAUGCCGAUCGAGAUUCAUUACAUGUUCGAAUGGUAUGUCGAAGUAUAAAUUUAUUCAUGUUUUAUUAUUUAGUAUGUUUCAUCUUUAAGGCUGAUGAAGCUAUUCAUAUAGGUCCAGCAGCAGCUCUUCAAAGUUAUUUACGUAAAGAUAAAAUAAUCGAAGCCGCUAAACGAACAAAUUCACAAGCAAUUCAUCCAGGUUAUGGUUUUCUAUCAGAAAAUUAUGAAUUUUGUACGAUGUGUAAAGAAAAUAAUCUCAUAUUUAUUGGACCACCACCAAAUGCUAUUCGUAUGUUUGUAUUUUUUUUCAUUCAUUUACUUCAAAAAAAAAGACAUCAAUCCAUUUCAGGUGAUAUGGGUAUUAAAAAUUUGAGUAAAAUUAUAAUGCAUGAUGCUAAUGUACCAGUUAUUUUUGGUUAUCAUGGUGAUGAUCAAUCAGAUGAUACACUGAUCAAAGAAGCAAAAAAAAUUGGUUAUCCUAUUAUGAUUAAAGCUGUGCGAGGUGGUGGAGGAAAAGUAAGUUUAUCACUUAAAGAAGACAUUUUCCGAAAAAUCGAGUUCGAGAUUUAUACAUACUCUGAUAGUUCUUAUAAUGAACUUUAA